CAGGGUAUACUAUAUACAGGGUGGGAUAGAAAUCGUAGUACGACCGGGUAAGAAGUGAUUCUGCAUAAAUAAACAAGAAAAUAAUUUAAUGUUACGUUUCUUCAUCCGUGGCUCCGUUUACGCGAAAAUCGAGAUUGAAAAUUUGAUAAGCAUACUUAAAUUUGGCUAAGUCCGGACUGAACAAGAGUAGAUGAUCAGAAGUUUAAACUACAUGUGAAAAUCAAAAAGGUAGAGUAGCAUUUUUUCAUAAGAUGCUUCGUUUUCCUAUAUUAGGCCAAUUCGUAAUUAAAUAUGUUUAAAUCUUAUUUUCUUGAAAACGAGGCCUUAAGCAGGAAAAUAUUAUUUUACAUUUUUGAUCGAUUUUCGCACGUAGAAUAUUCUCCUGAUGAUUGUUUCCUCGUAUCUAGUCGGUUCAAACCAAGUUCAAACCCAUUAUUUGACAAAUUUUUAAAGUAGAUUUUCUCAGAAACGAAGGAUCGUCAUACGAAGAAAUUUUAUUUCGUAUUUUCGACUUUUUUUCAUGUACUCUUUAAAUUUGUUUCGAUGAAAUGUACGAUUUUGUCACUACCUGUGAAAAUAACGAUACAUUAUCAAAGUAUUUGAUAUAUACAUUUCUCCGAUAUAAAAAAUUUGUCAAAUAUUCAUUUUACAUUCAUAUAAGAACUAUAAAUGUAAUGUAAUGUCAAUAAUAACGAGUUCGUAAUGUUCAUAUAGAUAAACCUUCGUCAUCGUUAAUAACAGGCAUAGAUAUAGACCGUGUAUCUUACGCAUAUAGGAUUUUAUGUCACGUGAGUUGGAAUACUGACCUUGAAAAAAUAUAGAAAUUUUGUUGUAUCCUCUAGUAUUUAUAGCGAUAAGUUCGUGCUGUACUUAACGUAACCGCCGACGUACUUAACGUAAUAUAACAUAUUCGCCCAAGUCAAUAAGAUCAGUAGUCGUAAAGCGAUUCUUUUCCAUGACGUUACAUUAACGAGAACAUGUCACAUAUUAUGAAUCAUCCAUUAAUUAAAACUUAAUAUACUUUUUUAUUACAUCUUAACGGAAGUAAUUAAUAUUGUCUUUUAAGAAGUAAUAAAAGUAACUUCAAUGACAUCUAUAUUAAGAAGAAGCAUAAUUAAAGCUUUGUUAGAUUUGUAUAUUUAAUAAAUAGUUGAUAGUUAAUUUAUACUUAAGCUCUACUAUAUACGAUAAAUGUAACAGUCAAUAAAGCUAAUGUUUUCUAGUAUUGAUAAGUUAUGAUACCAUUAUUGCGAAAAUAUAUACGAUUGCAACAUAAACGUGAAAAUAGAGGGAGUUGGAAAUUUUCUCUUAUUUAGUUUUCUUUGUUUAAUCGAUACGUGAACGAUGAGAAGUCAAACGUUUUAACUAUGAUAUUUGCUAGCGAGUAAGAAAAUGGAUAGAAACGAUAAACAUAAAUCAAGUGAAGAAAAUAUGCCAGAUGUUUCCUCAUUUAAAGAAUCGGAGAAGAAUUCUGGAUUAUUUACCGUGUUCCAGUCUUCUGCGAAUAAAUUACCCUUUAAAUUGUGUCAACAACCUCCACGUAGUUACAAAACAAGGAAAGAUGAAAUUCCGUUUUUUAUACCACAUAAGAAGUUGCUCGAAAAGAUCGAGUACAAACCGGAAAUUCGAGAACCGCUGACCGGUUUUAGCGCCCAACAAGAAAAAAUUAGGAAACAGAUCCACAAACCACGUAUUUCAUUAACAAAAGUAGAAGAGAAGAAGAUAUUAACAAAGGACGUCACAUCGGAUACAGGCAUAAGUUGCAUUGAAACAAUUUCGUGGGCUUUUCAAAAAUAUAAAAAGGAAACAGAUUUUGAUGCUCCUAGGUUUAUCGAUCAGUUAGAGUUAAUUCGACAAUUACGAGAGGAUCCCAAAGUAGGAUUUUUUUAUAUGAUUUACGCUGUGGGUCGAUCUUCGAAAUAUUUUACGCCUUACGCUUUAAAGGUUGUUCAGUAUAAGGAUGUAGGUAAAAUUUAUAUGACCAUCAGUGCCAGUGGUGUAACUCAGUAUAGUCCAGACGAAAUGAGUUUUACUCCUAUCGAACAUUGGGAAAGAGAAUACAUUUUUUACUUAAAAUUAUUGAAAAUAAGGACAUUCAUUAUGUUUCGAAUGUGGAAAGCUUUGUACGUUUGGAAAAAGUCAGUUAGUUAUAAGAAAUUCGUUAUGGCAAAGAAUUAUUUAAAAGAAAAUCUGUUUGUAUCGGAUUCGAUUCUUAGUAAGGCACUGUUAGAAAUUAAAUCAAUGUGCUCGAUUUUCCUUGAUUCGAGUUUCUUUGACAACUCUAUUCUUGAGAAGAUGUUACUUUUUUAUUUUGUAGAAAAACAGUUUACAAAACUAGAACUGCUUAGAAAUAAGUUAGAUGAGUUUAGAAGAUUAGCAAUAGAUAUUGUAAAUAAUGCUUGCCUCGGUGCUUUAUUAAAGGCUGGAUAUACUCCCGAUGAUUCCAAUAUAACAAUAGAGCAAACUGCAUAUGGAAAACUUGGUGAAUUCGGCGUUGCGAAAUUCAAAAUGCCGAAAGAUGGUAUUCUUAAAAUGAGUUACAUCGAACAAGCACGAAAGAGAGAAAAGUGUUACAGAUUGUCUUGCUUCAUUCAUUUGGUUGAUUAUAUGCAAACAAAUAUGAUGCACGAUCUUUUAUUAAAUACCUAUCGAGAAUUUAUAGAACUCUUAAAGAUUUAUACGGAAUUUUUACCGAAUGAUGAAUCAAUAGAUAACGAUAUAAUUGAUCUUCCGUUAAAAGAAAAUCGCCCACCAUCGCAUCGUAUUCAGUUGCCAUAUUGGGUCGUGGAUUUGCUUAUUUUACCAACUUCAGAAAUUGUAAUGGAUCCGUCCGAAAGUAUUUUCCUUUUCGUAAUAAGAACUAUACAAACUAUGUGGGAGGAGAACUUAUAUGCUAUUAAACCUUUGCUGUCCGAUCCCUUCUUCCAUUCUUUCACGAGGCCCAUGAUCAAUCAUAAGAUAGAAGAGCGUAUUUGCGGUUACCCUCCAGAAGUUCAGAAAGUCUUGGAACAAGAUCCGAUCACACUAGCUUUUAAGACGGAAUUGAAGGAAAUUUUUGAGAAGAAUUUAGCCGCGAUAAAACGUUAUUGCCAACGAUUCAAUCAGAUCAAACAGUUUUAUUACGAAGACAUGACGUUUGACGAAAAUAUUAUCCGAGACAAUCGAGAUGUUAAAUUAUUUCGAGAAUGGAGCAUUCGUUAUAAGAAAGAAGUAGAUCUGAUCAACAAAGUAGUCGAUUUUCAGCCAUUCGGUCUCUUUUUUAUUCAACUUGAACGAUUUAAAAGCGCUGCUGAAACUGCUCCCAGAGGGAAAUUAAGUGUUAUUGAAGCUGUUAUGCCUGGACUAGGAAAAAGUCGAGUUGACGCUUUAUUAACGCAAGCGAGUGACGCUAUCAAUUACCUGGAAACAGUUCCUGUGACAACUAAAGAAUAUGUUGCAUACAUAAAGUUUGUAGACCAAGCUCAACAAAAUGUAGAUGACAUGGAAUCUCAGUUGGAUUACGUGAAAGAGCUGUACGAUACAAUGGAAGAAUUUGCUUUUCCUAUACCGUCGAUGGACAUGGCAAAUUAUUUGGGUAUUGGAAGUCAUUUUACUAGUUUGCGAUUAGUCGUAGAAAAUAGAUUAGAAGAGAGGCCAAAGCUAAUAAACAAAUUCGAUGCUCAACUUCAGAAGGAUAUCACAGCAUUGAACGAAGAAAUAUCAGAAAUUCACGAUGAAAUAAUGCAACCUUGGCUAUUGGAUUAUGAAAGCGACGUUGACGCCUGUUUGAAUACUUUGAAAGAACUUGAUAAACGACUAGCAGCCUGUGCAACUAAGGCGGAAGAAUACCGUGCUCAUCAAAGAACAUUCAAGCUCGAACAAACGAGGUUCGACAGUUUAGAUCAAGUAAUGAACGAAUUGAAGUUACGUACUUUAUUAUGGGAAAGCUUAACUUCUUGGGAAUAUGCUAUUCAUGAAUGGUAUACCGCCGAGUUCGAUACCUUAGACGUCGAAGAGAUCACUGCGGUUACAAUGCGUACCAUGAAACACAUAAUUCAGUUAGAGAGAGGCUUACCACCGAAUAAAAUUGUACCGAACUUGAAGGAGAAUGUUGAAUUAAUAAGAAAUAAGUUACCAAUCCUUGGUUACUUGAGAAAUCCAGACUUAAAAGAUAGACAUUGGGAGAAGAUUGAGGCAAUAUUGAACUAUACUUUCAAACCCGAUGAGAAGAAAACUUGGACUCGAAUGAAAGAGCUCGGUGCUUUCUUGAAACCUCAGGAAUUAAUGGAAGUUGCUGCCGCGGCAAGCUCCGAAGCUAACUUAGAAAAUAUGUUAAAGAAAGUCAUAGAUACAUGGGAAGAUCUUAAAUUUAUUAUUGUACCCUACAGAGAGGGAAAAGAUGUUUUCAUCAUAGGUAGUCUCGAAGAAAUUCAGACCGCAAUGGACGAAAGUAACAUUAAUUUACAAACUAUCAACGCAUCUCGUCACGUCGGUCCCAUUCGACCUGUGGUCAAAGAAUGGGUAGAAAAAUUGGAUUUAUUUACGGUUACCUUGGAAGCGUGGCAAUACUUGCAACAGCAAUGGUUGUAUCUGGAAGCAAUAUUUUCAGCUCCGGACAUUCAGCGACAGUUACCUAUGGAAGCAAAACUUUUUAUUGAGGUUGACAGAUUUUGGAAGGAUCUUAUGAGACGGACUCAUAAGGCGCCUUUGGCUAUGCCAGCUUGCACACAACCAGGAUUAUUAGAACAAUUUGAGGAGAAUAACCGAAUGUUAGACGAAGUAAUGAAAUGUUUGGAAGCAUAUCUUGAGACGAAACGGGUAGCGUUCCCAAGAUUCUUCUUCUUAUCUAACGACGAACUUUUAGAAAUUUUAGCUCAGACAAAGAAUCCACAUGCGGUACAAAGACAUUUGCAGAAAUGCUUUGAUGCGAUAUACAGACUGGAAUUUGCAAUGAAAGAAAAUGAAUUCGGUGAACUAGUACUAACGACAGAUAUAGUUUCUAUGAUCUCACCGGAAGGUGAAAAAGUUCCGCUUGGAAAAGGUUUGAGAGCAAGAGGUAAUGUCGAAGAUUGGCUAGGUCGAGUCGAGGAAGCUAUGUUUUCGACAUUAAGGAGAAGAAUGAAAGAAGGAAUAAAAGACUUGGCUGAGAAAGGGCGAGAGCAAUUUCUGUAUAUGCAUCCUUCUCAGAUAAUCCUCGCUGUAUGCCAAAUAUUCUGGACUCGAGAUAUCCACAUUAUCUUAGAUUCUACUGAGAAUGUGAUUGAGAAGAUGAAAGCGUUCGAACAGAAAUGUUUCGCAGAUUUAAAUGAAUUGGCGACAAUGGUAAGGAAAGAAUUGCCACAAUUGAUACGCGAUGUUAUAAUUAAUUUGGUAACGAUAGAUGUGCACGCCAGAGACAUCGUUACGACUUUGGUUGAAAAUAGAGUAAUGUCAAGUACAAGCUUUGAUUGGCUAAAAGCGUUACGUUAUUACUGGGAUGAAGAACUCGACAAUUGUUUAACACGUAUGAGUAACUCUAAAUAUCUUUACGGGUAUGAAUAUCUCGGUGCUCAAAAGAGGCUUGUCAUAACUCCUCUAACGGAUAAAUGUUAUUUGUGCCUUAUGGGCGCUCUUCAGUUAGAUUUAGGUGGUGCUCCUGCAGGACCUGCAGGUACUGGGAAAACAGAGACGACGAAGGAUUUAGCCAAAGCAGUCGCUGUUCAGUGCGUUGUGUUCAAUUGUUCGGAAGGACUCGAUUAUAGAAUGAUGGGUAGAUUCUUUUCUGGUCUGGCAACUUCUGGAGCCUGGUGCUGUUUUGACGAAUUUAAUAGAAUAGAUAUAGAAGUGCUUUCCGUAAUAGCUCAGCAACUAAUUACUAUCAGAAAUGCUAAAAUUGCUAGAGCCACCGAAUUCAUGUUCGAAGGAAGAAUGAUCAAAUUGGUGAUGUCUUGCGCAACUUUCAUCACUAUGAAUCCAGGAUAUGCUGGUCGUACGGAAUUACCAGAUAAUUUAAAAGCACUGUUCCGACCAUUCGCUAUGAUGGUUCCAGAUUAUAAACUUAUUGCUGAAGUUACGCUAUAUUCAGAAGGAUUCGAAUCGUCAAAAUCGUUAUCGCAAAAAAUGACUCUGAUGUAUACACUUAGCAGCGAACAACUUUCCCAGCAGGAUCAUUAUGAUUUCGGAAUGAGGGCUGUAAAAAGCGUGUUGGUAAUGGCAGGUAGUCUUAAACGAAAUAAUCCUGAUAAACCAGAGGACGUUGUUUUAAUUAGAGCCUUGCGCGAGAGCAAUAUACCGAAGUUUUUACGCGAUGACGCUGAACUGUUCGAAGGUAUCGUAGGAGAUCUCUUUCCAGGCAUUGAAAUUCCGGAAGAAGAAUACGGUAUCCUACGGGACACAGCUAUCGAAAUAAUGAAAGAAGCCGGUUUACAGCCAGAAGCUUGCAUUUUGAAGAAAAUUACUCAACUGCAUGAAUGUUUGCAAGUAAGACAUGGAGUGAUGUUAGUUGGUCCAACUGGCUCUGGAAAAACGACAGUUCUGAGAACUCUUGCAAAUACUUACAGUCGACUGUAUGAAAUGGCUAUACCUGGAACGUGUUAUCAGCCAGUUCACGUGUAUCUAAUCAAUCCGAAAGCAGUUACGAUCGGUGAAUUAUAUGGAAAAGUAGAUAUAAUGACCAACGAAUGGCAAGAUGGUUUAAUCGGCUUUACAGUUCGUCACGCAUGUUCCUUUACCACGGAAGAUCAUCAAUGGAUUGUGUGCGAUGGACCUGUCGAUGCCGUAUGGAUAGAAAAUAUGAACACCGUGUUAGAUGAUAAUAAAAUGUUGUGUCUGGCUAAUUCUGAAAGAAUUAAAUUCACUCCUUAUAUGCGUAUGUUAUUCGAAGUUAUGGAUCUUGCCCAGGCAUCGCCUGCUACCGUCAGUCGUUGUGGAAUGGUGUAUGUCGAUCCUACAGAGUUAAAGUGGAUGCCUUACGUGAAGUCAUGGUUAGACACACUUCCUGAUGCUAUCGUAAGAAACGAACAUCGAUUACAGAUCAUCGAACUCUUCGAAAAAUAUUUCGAAGAAGGAUUAAUAUUCUGCAUGAAAAAUUGUGUCUGCCCAAUUCUACAGGUUGAUAUUAGUAAAGCAAGCAUGACUUGUUCGAUAUUGGAAUAUAUUUUAAACGAACCAGAUGCGAUAGAAAGAACUACGGAAAAGGCGCGAAUUAGAACAUUUUUAGCUCAGUCAUUUGUCUUUGCCUACCUUUGGGCCGUUGGCGGUAACGUUAACGACGCCUCUCGAAGCGUGUUCGAGGCUUUUGUGAGAAAACAAUUUGAAGAUGAUGAAGAUACAUUUUUGCCGUCGAUAGAUUUAUGGGAGAUUUAUGUAAACGUACAACAACAUCGAUUGGAUUCUUGGACGGAUAUCAUGCCACAAUUUAUAUAUGACAAUGAAGUGCCAUUUUUCGAUAUUCUAGUACCAACUGUCGAUACUGUACGAUUUGGUUACUUAAUGAAGAAAUUAGUCGGAAUAAAUAAACCGGUAUUCUUUACCGGAGAUACUGGAGUUGGUAAAUCGGUAAUAACGAAAGUUGUUUUAAAUAAUUUGGAAGAUAGUCAGCUCUGGGUACCGAUAAAUUUGAUCUUCUCUGCUCAAACAAGCAGUGGCAGAACGCAAGAGAUUUUAGAACUAAAAUUGGAAAGAAGGAAAAGAACCGUGCUGGGAGCACCCAUUGGGAAAAGAGUGUGUGUAUUUGUCGACGAUGUCAAUAUGCCAAAAUUAGAUACAUAUGGGUCCCAACCACCGAUCGAGCUGUUACGACAAUUACUAGAUUUCCAUGGUAUGUACGAUAAAGAGAAGUUGUUCUGGAAGCAUAUAGAAGACGUUGUUUUCACCGUUGCAUGCGCUCCUCCUGGAGGAGGUAGAAAUCCAUUAACACCGAGAUUUGUGAGACAUUUUGCCAUGCUAUUUAUCCCAGCCCCUAUAGAACUCUCUCUGAAAGGGAUUUUCAAGGCAAUUAUGAACGGAUUUCUGGAAGAUUUUGUAGAGUCUGUUAAACAAAUUGGCGAUAGAAUAGUAAAUGCAGCAGUCGAUGUUUACCAAGGAAUAGCUACGGAUCUUUUGCCGACGCCAGAAAAAAGUCAUUACAUCUUUAAUUUACGGGAUUUGUCGAAAUGUAUACAAGGUAUCAUGCAAGUUGACGCGGCGGUCAUUAAACAACCCAUCGAAAUGUACAGGCUUUUUUAUCACGAAUGUCUUCGUGUUUUCCAUGACCGACUGAUCAACGUUCAGGAUAAGAGCUAUUUCUUUAAACUUCUAAACAACAUAUGUGUCAACGCAUUCGGUAUGGAAGUGAUGCGGCUUCCGGAUGAAGAAAUUAUCGAAAAACCACCGAUACUAUUAUUUGGUGACUUCAUGUCCUUCGGAGCAGCAAAGGAACAACGAAUUUACGAAGAGCUUACGGAAAUUUCAAAAGUUAGAAGAACUUUGGAGGAUUAUUUGGAAGAUUAUCGUUUCUCUGUGGGAAAAGACAUGAGAAUUAUUUUCUUCAUGGAUGCUAUAGAACACAUCUGCAGGCUUGCAAGAAUUCUUCGUUCUGAAAGAGGCAAUGGCCUUUUGAUCGGAGUCGGUGGAAUGGGAAAGCAAAGUCUGACAAGAUUAGCAUCUCAUUUAAAUGGUUAUAAAUGUUAUCAAAUAGAAGUUACGCGUACGUACGAUAAAAAUUCAUGGCACGAAGAUCUUCGCCGAUUUUAUUUCGAGCCAGGUACCGAGGCUAAACAUACAACAUUUUUAUUCACCGAUACUCAGAUUGUGCUAGAAGAAUUUUUAGAAGACAUCAAUAAUACACUUAAUACAGGCGAAGUACCAAACUUGUACGAAGCAGAUGAACUUGAGAAAGUUAUCAUAGCUACCAGGCCUGCCGCGAAACAAGCAGGGAUUCACGAAGGAAACAGAGACGCAAUUUAUCAAUAUUUCAUUGGGAGAGUUAGAAAUCAACUUCACUUAAUGAUCUGUAUGAGUCCUAUAGGCGACUCUUUUAGACAUCGCUGUCGUAUGUUUCCUUCAUUGGUAAAUUGUUGCACCAUUGAUUGGUUUACGAAGUGGCCGGAUGAUGCCCUUUUAUCGGUAGCAGAAAGUUCAUUAGUCACAAUCGUUCCAAAGGAUUCGGGAAAGCUUACUAACCUUAGUACCAUGUGCGUCUUGAUCCAUGAGAGCGUAGAAGAAGUAACAGCUCGAUUCUUCAUAGAAAUGCGUCGAAGAUAUUAUACCACACCGAGCAGUUAUUUAGAACUUUUAAAGCUAUUUCAAACAACUUUAGGAAGGAAGAAGAAAGAAAUAGAGUUGCUGAAAAGUAAAAUUGCCAAUGGACUCAACAAACUGCGAGAAACCAAUGAGAUGGUUGGCGUAAUGAAGGAACAAUUGAUAAUUCUUGCCCCAAAGCUCAAAGCAAGUACCGACGAAGUAUCGAAUCUGGUGAGAAUCCUUGCGAAGCAGCAAAUCGAAUGUGACAAAGUGAAGUAUGUCGUAAUGGCUGAAGAAGAAGUAGCAAAAGCGAAAGCCGAAGAAACGGCGGCUUUAGAAGCUGAUGCUAGGCAAGACUUGGAAGCAGCAAUGCCUGCUUUACUGGAAGCUCAGAAAGCAUUAGAAGCUUUAAAUAAAAGUGAUAUUAAUGAAAUUCGCGUAUUUCAUAAACCACCUCACCUAGUGCGUUUUGUCAUGGAAGCAGUAAAUUUACUGUUGGGUGAAAAGACAGAUUGGCCAACCGCAAAAUUAGUCUUGGGUGACAUACAUUUUCUUGAUCGCUUAAUGGCUUAUCCUAAGGACGACAUAAGCGAUAAACUUUUAGAAAAGUUGCAAGAAUAUGUCCAACAUCCAGAAUUUCGACCAGAUUUAGUGGCUAGACAAAGUAAAGCGUGUAGAUCGAUGUGCAUCUGGGUGAGAGCAAUGGAUGGAUAUGCUAAAAUCUACAGGGUGGUCGAACCAAAGCGACAAAGAUUGCACAAAGCUGAAGAAGAAUUGCGAGAGAUAGAAGAAGUUCUUGCUUUGAAACAGCAAGAACUCGUUACGGUGGAAAAUAAGAUCAAGGAGUUGCAAAAGCAAUACGAUUCAGCAAUAGAAAAUUUAAACAAAUUAGAAGCUGAAAUGGAAUUAGCGGAAACAAGAUUGAAUAGAUCUGGACGAUUGACAUCUGCGUUGGUGGAUGAACGAGUUCGAUGGGAAGAAUUAACGCGCGAUUUUGACAAACAAAUUGUCAACUUGACUGGCGAUACAUUGGUAGCUGCUGGAGCCCUUGCUUACCUGGGUGCUUUUACAAAUGAGUACAGAGAGGAAUUAAUACAAACUUGGUUAUCCAGUUGCAAAGACUACGAUAUUAAAACUACAGAGAACUAUAGUCUCAUUGCAAUAUUAGUUGAUGCUUAUGAAAUUCGUCUUUGGAAUACGUAUGGUUUACCACGAGACAAAGUUAGCACAGAAAAUGCAAUCUUUGUAACGCAAGCUAGUCGUUGGCCUUUAAUGAUUGAUCCCCAAGAGCAAGCAAAUAGGUGGAUACGGAACAUGGAACAAGAAAACAAUUUAAAAAUAUGCAAGCUAACGGAUAUACAUUUAAUGAGGAUACUAGAAGCGUCCAUAAGGCUUGGAACUCCUGUAUUAAUUCAAGAAGUAGGAGAAGUAUUGGACCCAAGUUUGGAACCUAUUCUACUUAAACAAAUCUUUAUUUUAGGUGGUAGGACAUUGAUACGAUUUGGCGAUAUAGACGUCGAGUAUGACAGUAAUUUCAAAUUAUACAUUACGACGAAAAUCGCGAAUCCUCAUUAUUUACCAGAGAUCUGUAUUAAAGUAACAAUAGUUAACUUUACCGUAACUGUGGCAGGCCUCGAAGAACAGAUACUCGCAGAUGUGGUACGUCUCGAAAGACCAGAUUUGGAAACAAUGAGGAAUGAUUUAAUAAUAAAAAUCAACGCGGACAAAGGUCAAUUGCAAAGUAUCGAAGACAGAAUAUUGACAUUGUUAUACGGUGCAGGUGAUGAUAUUUUGGACAAUGAAGACUUAAUAGAAACCUUAAAUGACAGUAAAGAAACUUCUGCAAUUAUUGCAACGAGAUUAAUUGAAAGUGAAGCGACUGAGAAAAAGAUCUCAGUUGCGCGUGAAAAAUAUCGAUCUGUUGCGAAUCGUGGAUCAGUCUUGUAUUUCGUAGUGGCAAACCUUGCAAACAUAGAUCCCAUGUACCAAUUUUCGUUAAAGUACUUCAGUCAAUUAUUUAACACGGUAAUUGAAACUACCGAAAAAGAGGCUGAUUUGCAGCGGCGUUUGCAGACCUUAUUGAAUGAAAUAACAUUAGCUAUCUACACAAAUGUUUCGCGAGGUCUAUUUGAGAAACACAAGUUGGUAUUUAGUUUCAUGCUCAAUAUUGCAGUACAUAUAAAUGAGCAGAUCGUGUCUCAGACGCAAUGGAAUUUUAUGUUGCGAGGGCCAACACGAAUUGUAGUGGAAGAAAUUCCAAAUUAUCCAUCUUUAACGCCUAAAAUGUGGACUUCGAUUAAUUAUUUAGCUAGUACGUUUAAAAAAUUUAAAGAUGUUUUAAAUGAUGCAUUUAAGAAGAUUCCGUUAACUCUUGGAUAUUUUAAGGAGGAAAUUAAUAUAAUCCCUACCAAUCAAACAAUCGCUAUGAAAAAUUGGAAUGAGAUAUUAACCGACAUUGAAAAAUUAAUGUUGAUAAAAUCAUUGAAGGAGGAAGUAUUAAUUUUUGCAAUCACAGCCUACGUAUCGAACAAUUUAGGGCCAAAAUUUGUAGAAUCACCUAUGGCAACAUUGCAACUUUUAUUUGCAGAUACGUCAAAUAAAAUACCAUUGAUCUUCAUACUUACAACUGGAUCAGAUCCCUUCAGUGCUUUUCAAAAAUUCGCACAUGAUAUGGGUUUUUCCGAUAGAUGUGAUUCCAUUUCUUUAGGUCAAGGCCAAGGUCCUAUUGCAGAAGGACAUCUACGAGCAGGUACCAUCGAAGGUAGAUGGGUGUUUUUACAGAAUUGUCAUCUAGCUGUAUCGUGGAUGAUCAACAUGGAGCAACUUAUAUUGGAGAUUGCUGAAGAACCAGAGGGAAUAAUUCAUAAUGACUUCCGAUUAUUUCUGAGUUCGAUGCCGAGUGCUGCUUUUCCAGUUUCCGUUCUUCAAAAUUCCGUAAAAGUUACAAAUGAGCCGCCAAAAGGACUGAAGGCCAAUAUCAAGAGAGCAUUACAUGAAUUGGAUGAAGAAUAUUUUGAACAUCAUCAUUUAGGCGAAAGCUGGCGCCGAGUUAUAUUCGGAAUUUGCUUUUUCCACGCAAUUAUUCAGGAACGAAAAAAAUUUGGACCCCUAGGAUGGAAUAUUCUGUAUGAAUUUAACGACAGCGACAGAGAAUGUUGUUUGCUAAAUUUGAAAUUAUUUUGUGUUCAAGGUCGUAUACAUUGGAAUGCAUUAAUAUACACUACAGGUGAAAUUACUUAUGGGGGUAGGGUUACAGACAGUUGGGAUUUAAGAUGUAUGAAAACGAUCUUAGCUAUUUUCUUUUCUCCUAAAUCUUUGGAUAUCAAUUAUGUCUAUUCGCCAUCUGGGAAGUAUUAUUGUCCUGUUUACAAUACCCUGCAAGAGUAUCAAGAUUUUGUAGAAACCUUUCCUAUAAUUGACGAUCCAGAAAUUUUUGGAAUGCAUGAAAAUGCAAAUAUUGCUUAUCAGUUAAAAGAAGCACAAUUUGUACUAAAUACCAUUUUGGAAGUACAACCACAAGAAUCUAUCACGGAUCAAGAUAAAUCUAGUUCAGAUGUAGCAUAUGAAAUUGCUGACAUGAUAAAGGAUAAAAUUCAAUUGCAAAUAGAUAUUACAAAAUGUAACCCAGAGCACUUAAAAAGAGAUUCAAUGGGAAGACUUCCAUCCUUAAGUACUGUUCUUGUUCACGAAGUUGAUAGGUAUAAUAUACUUCUGAAGAAGAUACAUAUAUCAAUAGAAAAUUUACAACGUGCCAUCAAAGGUUUUGUUGUUAUGUCUGAGGAAUUAGAAAACGUCUUUGUGGCUCUUGUCAAUAAUCAGGUACCACAAAUGUGGCAUAAUGUAAAUGUCUAUCCAUCAUUAAAAACCUUAGGAAGCUGGAUAAGGAACUUAGAGCUAAGGAUUGACUUCAUUCAAAUUUGGUUGAUUGAUAUAAAGCCAAUUUCUUUUUGGAUUUCGGGUUUAUCCUUUCCGCAAGGAUUUUUAACUGGCAUGUUACAAACAUGUGCUAGAAAGUAUAAUAUUCCUAUAGACCACCUAAAGUUGGAUUUUAUUGCUACCAAAGUUGUUCUUGAUCAAGAAGAUAUUGAAAUAGAGCACAAAAAGGCUGAAAAGGAGGUAAUACAAGUAUAUAAAAACUUACAAGUACCAGAAGAUGGAGUUUUAAUACAUGGGUUAUUUAUUGAUGCUGGUAGAUGGGAUUUUGGAUCCAUGCAUUUAGUAGAUGCAAAUAUAGGUGAAAUGAAUCCAUCUCUUCCAGUUUUACAUAUAAAUCCAGUAUUAGAAUUACCAAAAGAUGAUUCAAGAUAUAUUUGCCCUUUGUAUAAAACAGCAGUUCGAGCAGGUGUAUUAUCCACAACUGGACAUAGUACUAAUUUUGUUGUUGCAGUUCUACUCGCUUCUGAAAAAGAACAAUCAUACUGGAUUUUAAAAGGAACGGCUCUUUUGAUUGAAAUUGUAAAUUAAAUUUCCUAUGUCAUAACAGAUAUACUAAUUAAUGAUUGAGAUGUAAUAAUUAAAAACAUAAAUUUAAGUAA